CGCCCCGCUCCAGGCAAGGCGGCUGCCGCGCCCGCCGGGCCGUACCAACGUGGCUGCCGCGCCCGCCGGGCCGUACCAACGCGGCCAUGGCCAUGCCCGCGGAGGCGGCCCGGGGUGUCCUGGGCUCCCUGCUGCGGGACUUCCCGUCCCCGCUGGGCCCGGAGGAUCCCCUGCCCUGGAGCGCGCAGGGCAGCGCCGCCCUCAGCAGGGCCGAGGCGCCGGGGGAGCUGGCCGAGCUGGCCAGGCGCUUCCUGGGCGGCAGGGAUGCACCGCCUCUUCUUGCAGCAUCUUUGAUCCACGCUGCAAUUGAUGAGGUGCUACAGACUGAUCUUUCUGUUUUUAAGAAGCAGAGUGUGGAAGAGGAGGAAGAAGGAGACCAGGGGAAGUUCACCUUGCUGGAUGGAGGCUCUUUGCAGCGCUGUUUCUUUAAUAAGCUGCGAGACAUCUGCUGUGAAUGGCAGAAGCAACUGCCAUCCCUGAAGUCACUGAAGCGCUUCCUGCUUAUUUCCAGCCAUGCCAUCCGCAACAUCCGCCGGAAAAUGGAGGACAGACAUGUUUCUCUCCCAGAAUUCAAUCAGCUCUUUGGCUUGUCGGAUGACGUUGAUCGAGCAUACUUCGCUGUAUUUGAUGGCCAUGGUGGAGUGGAUGCCGCCAAUUAUGCAGCAACUCAUUUGCACAUAAAUGUUGCAUUACACAAGGAGAUUCUUAAGAACCCAACUGAGGCCUUGAAAGGCUCUUUCCAGCAAACUGAUGAAAUGUUUCUUUUCAAAGCUGAAAGAGAGAGGCUGCGGAGUGGUACAACAGGUGUAUCUGCCUUAAUUGUAGGGAACAGGUUACACAUAGCCUGGGUUGGAGACUCCCAGGUAAUGUUGGUGCAGCAGGGAAAAGCUGUGACCCUGAUGGAACCUCACAAACCUGAAAGAGAAGAUGAGAGAAUGCGUAUAGAAGCCCUAGGUGGCUGUGUGACCUACAUGGACUGCUGGCGGGUCAAUGGAACCCUUGCUGUUUCCAGGGCUAUUGGUGAUAUAUAUCAGAAGCCCUAUAUCUCUGGAAAUGCAGAUGGUAAUUCAUUUGAGCUGACAGGUUCUGAAGAUUACUUGCUCCUGGCCUGCGAUGGAUUCUUUGAUGCCAUCAGACCAUAUGACGUGGUGGAUCUGGUCCUAGAUCACUUAAAGCAAAACAAAGGAGAUGGUCUCAAGGUAGCAGAGAGACUGGUGUCUGCAGCAAAAGAAAAUGGAUCCAGUGAUAACAUCACUGUCUUGGUGGUCUUCUUAAGGGAUCCCCGAGACAUCUUGGCAGACUGCUUGAGAGACCCUAAAAGCCUCAGUGUUGAUGAGGGUGCAGAGGAUUCACCCUUUAACUUUUUCAGCUCUGAGAUGAACAAUCAGAGCGACAGCCACACAACGACAAAAUCUUAACUCACAUAUGUUCCACAAAAGAAAUUUUCUUUCCAUUGAAGAAGCCUCUAGUAGGAUGGGUAAAAUGUCAGGAAUAAGGUGACCAAAAUUCCACAAAGAAAAAUGUCAGAGCUCAUCUUACUAUAUCCAUUGUCCCCUCUUCCCCUGAAACAGCUGAGCAGGCUGGAAGACUUGUGCAACUACUUCUUCCCUGGAAAUAGUUUUAAAGUGUUUGCCAGGUUGCCAAUUCAUGUCCCUCUAUCCUGGAGGUGGUAAGGAACGUAUAAGCUAAUGGAGGAGAAUACUUAUUUGUAUUAUGCUCAUUUGGGUUCUGCUUUAAUUUAAAAUAGUGCUUAAAACAGAAAGCUAACAUGCACAUAGUUAAUUGUAAUGUUACCUAUUUUGGGGUGGGGUGGGGAAAGCCAUCAUCAAAGAGAAGCUUUUUACUGCACACUAUCUUUAUGAACAGGUUCAGUAUUCUAGAGGAUCAGGUGUCUAGGAGUGGGAUCUUGUGUUCUUCCUUAUAUACCCUCAGAGACCUCUCAACUUCAUCAUUUGGUACCAAAGACAACAUUGUGAAAGAGGGUGAUGUAAUAUAAACCUCAUCCUUUUAAAGAGCAAUUUAACUUUUUGUAUUUAUGGGGAAAAUAAAAUGAAACACUUGAGGGAAACUAGGAAUAUCCCAAACAGAAGAAGCAAUUUGUAGUUAAUUAAUUUCUGGCAUGAUCUGGUAAUUAAUUUAAUUGACUGAUAUGGAAAGACUAACUUUAGAGUAAGGGUGAAUUAUUUCUGUGACACAAACACACUUUAUUAGCUCUUUGGUAACCUGAAAAGAGAGGACACUUGCUGACUGUGUUUGAAAGGGGUCCAUAGAAAUUGUGUGUAUAUGCUCUGCCAAUUCAAUAGGCCCUGUACUUGCCACAUCCUUUUUUAUGGUUUGCUAUAAACAAAGGGAAGUAUUUUAUUUUUUUCUUUUCAUAAACUUUUUGAGUAUUUACUGAAUGUUAUGGUUGUGGGAACUUUUUUUGCAGUGUUACUGUAUUUUGUUGUGGGUUUUUUUAUUUAAAUAAUUAGGAUUUUUAAAAUGUACACUUUUGUUGUCUGGCUUUAAAAACUGGCCACCUUCAAAUGCCUUAAAUGUUUCAGUAAAGGAUGGGAAAGAUUAGUUUUCUGUCAAAUUCAGGUGACCAUGUUCUAGUUAUGUUUUUAAAAUUUGAUUUAUUUCAUUAAUAUAAAUAUUUUAAUGCACUUACAGCUCUUUCAUUUUUUUGUGAAUGACUGAGCAGGAACUGUGUUCCAAGAACAUUUUGUUUUUCUGUGUUGCCAAACUUUGUGUUGAUUGUGAGACUCCUGAUAUUUAGUGUUUUCUUAAAGGCCCCAGCUAGCUGGCCUCAGGUUAUUUACCUGAGAAUCUUCGAUUUCAUUUAAAAUUUUUUUCCAACCCUCAGUUUUGUAGAAGAAAACAAACCCUAUGUGCUCCAAUACCAUUGUGCAGAUGUUCAAUAAAAAGAACCCCAAGUGUUUAAUUUAAAAAAAAAAUGUUAGGCCUGACUCCUGAUUGCUUUCUGUUUGGCAAUACUGCAUUUAUGAUAUAUAUUUGAUACAGUAACUUCCUGAGGAGAUGAGUUGAGAUUAUGCUAGAGAACCAUGUGACUGGUAUAUAACAUGCCUGGGUGCAAGCAUGCAGAAUGCGUGCAUAUAUAAUUGCAUUGCUUAGCAGGUAGUAGACCCAUGACAGUCACGAUCAGUGCUGCUGGAGCCACUAGUCUGAUUCUGUCACUGUUCCCAUCACCGUGACGCUUUCUGUAUUAGCAGGAUCUGAGAGCUGUAUUGCAAAUUUAUUUUAUAACUUUUGUAUCUGAACAGGAAAAGCAGCCCAUCAGGUGGUGGGAUUGUAACAUCACUUUUGACUUUGGCACACUGUUGUCAUAUAGCAGUCCUGUUGGUUAAAAUGCCCUGAAUAUUUUAAAUCGGAAAUGUUUUAAGGGGAGUAAAUGUCUAUGGAAAAUUGAGAUUUGUCUUAGCUUGAUCAGAUAGCCGCCUUAAAAUAAUGAGGUGGGGCGAGGAGGCAGAGCAGCACUGAUUGUGCUCAUGCUAUGAUAAGCUGUCAGCUAACACAAGAUAAUUCAAUUAUCCAAGUGAUUUAUUUGUCAGGUUACCCCCAAAAGAUGGUACAAUUCAACAUGGUAACUCCAUUUGUAGGGGGUGGGGGAAUAUUCCACCACCUAGUAACUCUGACAAUGGCUCUGUUAUUGUAUUAUGGAAAGGCAGUAACCUCUGCAUAGUUAAGGUUGAAACUAUUUUUCUGUUAUAAAGAGAAAUUUUGCUACCCUUCUAAAAUGCUUGGGAGAAGCUUUCUCUUACUGCAAGUGAGCUAGGUAAGGUGGUAGGUCAGAGGGAAUUUUUUGUGCCAAAUCUGGCUGUUCAAUUUUUUUAGACUUCCCUGAUUAUAAGAAUAAUUCAGUGAAUCUUUGUCAUAUCCUACCUCUAGAAUGAUGCAACCCAGAAACUUCGGCUUAGGUUUGUUUGCAGGGGUUUUGGUGACCACUAGUGCAUUUUGGCAUCUUGAAGAGACAGGUCCCCAUAUUCAGAAAUAGAACAUUCUGUCUGUGUCUUAUGGACCUCUCAGGUUCACUGUUACUUUUGUCAAAACCAGGAUAGCUUAUAGAGGUGGUGUAAGAUUUGGAAGAUUCAUAAAGUUGCUGUUUUGUUUCAGAACUCUGCCAGCAUUUCAAAGAUAUGGAGGGAAGUAGGCAGACUUUAAAAGCCAAGCCCAUUUGUCCUACCUUUCUGUUAUAAACUUCUGCCCGGUAACGCUGCCAAAAUUAAACAAAUCCACCUGAAACUUCUGACUGAGGCUCCUUGCCAGGUGAGAAUAUCUUAACCAACUAUCAAGUGACUAAGACAUGAUAUUUUUCAGAUAUGGGAGCUAAAAUGAGUACUAUCCCUAUUUGUACUAUUAAUUUUCAUAUUUAAACUCCCUUUAAACGAAACUAUUGCAGAAUUUCUAGUCUGCCUCAACAAAUGGCUGCAGAAUCCCAGAAUCUUUCUGUGGAACUUAAGUUCAGCUUCCAGGGACUAAACAUGCUCUUGAAAUAGAAAUGGGUCUAUCAUCCGUGAGUGUACUAGAAAACUAGUAUAAUUGUCUGAUCAAGAGAAGUACUGGACAUGACACACUUUAGAUACUGGUAGCAGAGUUCAAAGGGGCACCAUCAACUUAAAAAUCACAUUUGUCCGAAAUUUAUUUUUUUACCUUCUUGUGUUAAGGUUACUAUAACCUGAGCAAGACAGGGGCAGGGAGGAGAAUAUAGUCUUUAUUUUGUCAGUCUGUUGUUUCUGCAUUUAACAGCAAUUUAUAUACUAUUUCCUCUGUGUAGUCAGUCAGAUUUCCCUGAUUUUGGGGGUCUUUUACAUAGCAAUAGUAAAGGUGGGGAAAGUGAUGUGAAACCACAAAAAUUGGCUGAGGGACUCAGGGCAGAUGUAGUACCUGAAACUACUUUUCAUCUGACUAGAUUUCAAGUUGGAUUGUGUCCCUUUUAAGAAGUAGUUUAGAGUAACCAAGCACUAAAAUACAGUAGUCUUUAAAAACAAUGCAACACACACUUAAAAGCUUCAUCUUCUGUUGGAUGAAAACCUGCUUUUUUCAUGAUACUUAGAUAUGGUACAAGUCUCCCUUGUGCUUGAACAGCUCAGUUCUAAUCCUUUUUACGUUUAUUCUUUAGUCCUUGAAAGAAAUGUAAAAUAAAUUAAUAAAUCAAAUGUUCUGGGUCUAACCUAAACAAAAGGACCAGAAAUUCAUAACUCAUGGUUGUAAACAAGGAGAGUUGUUCAAGGGAAAAGGACUCCUGUCACAGCCUGUUAAUGUCUGUUUGACAGUAGUUUUUUGUAGAACCUUUGAGAGCUAGAUAGAGGCAGAGCAAUUUUUAGAACAGUGGGGGAAGGGGAAUUAAGUAAAAUCUACCCUCUAACAGUGACAGAGGAAUGAAAGAGAGCAUGCAAGACAGGAACACGUUUAAGUGUUAUUAGUGCCUAUUUUAAAAAGGAAGUGGGCUGGAAAAUACAGCUACAAAUGUCAGUUUCUUAUGGAGAAAUAUCAAGUCCUGGAAGAAAUUAAAAACACUUUUAAAAUGGCAGAACUAGAGUGAUAACCUUGUCUUAUAAUAGUGAGGUGUUGGGUCAGGAAUGGGAUUAGAGUAAAAGCAUCUUAGGUGAUUUCUGUGACCUUGCUCAGUAUUGUUGUGUCCUUAGAGGUUCAUGCUGAUAAGUGGAAUUCUUCUAAACACAUUGCAUGCAAGGGAACUAGGCU